AUGCCACGUUCAUCGGCUACGGCUAGGAAGAAUCAGAGCAAUCGGAAUGAGAACGGCGCAAGUUCCGGAAAGAAAGUGGCCAAGCAGAAAUCUAAUGGACAUCUGAAUGGCAGUCUCAACGGCGGCUCUACCCCCGGUUCUGUUUCCUCUUCUCAGGUCGACCUGCCUUCGUCUCGCUCUACCAGCGACUCAGCCAUCGCUCCCGCCGCAGCCGCAUCGUCCAAUCUCAACGGAAUUUCGGAUAGCUCCAAAGAGGAUUGCAAUGGGCGCGAGAAAUUGAAUGGAUACACCAAGGGCAACGCUGAUAUGUCGUAUGUGCAGACCAACGGGGCCGGCUCGCAGAAUGGUGGCGAUCAUGCAGGACAGGCUUCGCAUCGUACCGACAAGUCGGCGACCGGGGCCAAGAGGUCAACUUCGAAUGCUUCGAUCAAUCCGCUUCAACUCGCAUCGACCAUCCUCAAGUCUUGCCCCAUGUACGACACGAUCGCGAUCCUGAUUUUUCUCCUGCAGCUCCCGCCUAUGGUUCUGACUCUGGUUCAAUUCCUCUUCGCCUCGUUGACCUUCAUGCCUCCCAGCGGUGCGUCGGCUGGUUCCUUGUCGUCCAACUUCGAUAUCUUCCAGGGGCCGGCCGGGACGCCUUCUCUCAGUACUAUGAUCGCGAUGGAUGGGUUCUGUCUCCUCAUCUGGGCUUUGCUCAUGUGGACCUGGGCGCAAAACUUUGCGCUUGACUUGGCCCACGUUCAGGUCGCCAUCACGCUGGGGGGCGGUGGGUCUGGGAAAAAUGGGGGUGUCAAUACCCUCUGUGUCGGUAUAGUUCUUAUAUUGCAUCUGAUUCGCAGCAAAGGUAUACAGGAUUUUGUUAUAGGCCAUCUGCUUUCUUCAAACAUCAUCAGUCCCGAUCUUUUAGCGCAAUACUCACAUCUUCUGCCUACGGAGUUCCGACGCACGGAGUCGCAGACGUCACCCAGCUGGAUUCGAAGCUUGCUCGCCGUCCAUAUUCUGGCACAGGCUGGCACGGCCAUGGCAAGACGUUCAAUGGCCAAGAACCGAUCGCCUAAUCCACCGCGCCCGGGCAAACGGGUCGACACCGAAGCGUCCGCCGGUUCACAGACGCAAAUAGAUUCUGCAUUCGAAUCGGGAGCCAGCGUUUCUUCUUAUCUGGGCCCUGAUGGACAACUGAUUACCCCGACGGCACACAAGGAUGGCAGGGAUCGAUUACUGUCGGCAAAGAAACGAAGGAGACAGGCAAACCAGGUUCGAAGCCGGCAGCCAUUCUGGGCUGCGCUGGCAAGUACAAAGGUCACAGUCAUGAGGGAGUACGAACAUUCUAGGGCAUUGUCGAAGACCGCUCGCGGUCUGCCAAUGACCGAGAACGAUCUUCAGGGUGUUUCUUUUGAUGAUGGACUGGUAUGGAUUACUGAUGUCGAUGCUUCGACCAUCAAAUUUGCCGCCGGGGAUUUCGCUUCAGCAGAUGAUUCCGGCCUUUCGGGCGCUUGUGAAGAUGGACGCUUGGGAAAUGAGGAAAUAGAACCGUUCUACGUCUGUGUGAAUGGUGCCCUUUGGGCCACCGCCACGAUUUCUAGGGUGCCGGAUGCGCAAAAAGGGUCGGGUAUGGUUCAUUGGCGGGGCGAGGUAUCUGGCCUGGCUCCUAAUUGUGCUUAUACUUGCUCUUUCAUGCGAAGUGAUACCGAUGAAGAGAUCUGCGCCAUUAGUGUCAAAACACCGGUGACGAAUGACACCGAACAGUUUUCUUUGGUAUCUCCUCCGCCGCAGCCGUCCUAUCGCCCCUCGUCCCCAACUACCACGCUGAAGAAUUCCAUCGUCAAUGCGGAAGCCAAGUUGAACGAGAAGCGCUCUCGGUUGAGGAAGGCUAAAAAUGAUCACAAGCUUAUUAUUUCCAAAAUCCGGAAGGAGCUCGACAACUAUAACCAUCGUCUACACAGCGGAACGGAUGAGAAUCGACAGAAACAGCGCUCGCUACAGUUGGAGAGGAAUAUUCGGCAAACAGAAGAGGCCACUGCUCUGCUCGAGGGCCAGCUGGACAGUUUAGAGAACAUCCCCGAAGAAGAGCUUCGAGAGUGGUCGGAUCAGAAAGCCAAGUACGAUCAGGAACUGCAGCUACUCAACUCAGCAAAGGAAGAGCUUGUCUCCGCUCGGUCCGCUGUUGCGCGUGAGGUCUCUUCCUUGGAAUCUGACUUGGGUUCUACGGUUCAGCGACGGGAGCGUCUCCAGAGCCGCCGUACCAGGGUCAACGAACAGUACGAGAGAAUUGUCUCGGCCAACGCGCAGGGCCUCAAUGAACGGGAACGUCGGGCUGCAGAGCAGUUUGCCAGGGAGCAAGAUCAGGCGAAACUCGAAGCCAAUUUCAAUGAGCAGUUUGGGAGUAUCGGGCAAUCUGUGCAGGAGUACCAGUUGCGCGCGCAGCAGAUCUGGCAACAAUGUGAUGCAAUCGAGCAGGCCAUACAACAACAGCAGCAGCGAAUGCUUCUGGAUUCUGCUCCUCUGACCCCCGAGGGCAAUCUGCCUGGGACGAAUCCGUUCUCCGAGACGUCUGCCUUGCCUUUGGGCGCAUUGACAUCGACAGCACCUAACAGCAGAUCACUGCUCGGACUCAGCUUUCCCGCGAUCAAGUCCAGCCCGCUCCAGACGAUAUCUUCCGCGCUCGAUGCAUCGUCCUCGCAUCCCACCAGCCCAGUACAACCGCCGUCGUUUUUGAACUUCCCGGCAUCUCCACUGGUUAACGCCACUUCCCAUCUGGAUUCGGAUUUCACGUAUCGUGACCGGUCAUUCUCCAACCGAUCAGCCCGCAGCAGUCUCUACGGCUCCGAAUUUCUGGACUCAAGCCGCCGCCAGCCUUUCCAGAUCGACCUGCCUGAGCUGCUUGGUGAGAAGAGAAAUUCCGGAUCCGACAGCACUGCCUUGAAAUCGGGCUUGAGACCCGUCUCCAGCCCAUUUCAACGGGCAGGUAGCCGAGGAAGUGGCAGCGGAAGCAAUGGAAGCGGUGGAAGCGGUAGCGGAAGUGGCAGCCCUAGCUCUGCGUACGGCAAGCCCAACUAG